GAAGUAAAUGAACUCUAAAACCCUCGUGGCCUGGGCGCUCGAGAACCUAAAACCCUAACAAAGUAACAAGUUCACCGGCCGUUUGAUUCUCCGUUUUUCUCGUCUCUCUGAGUCGUGGUGGUCUGGUCGGAGAGAUGUCGAAGAAGGUGUCGGCUCUGGAUAUGCCGGAUGUCCCGAUGGGGCAGCUCCCGGAGCACCUUAAUCGCCAGCGGACUCGCGUCACUUGCAAUGCUGAUGCCCCGAUCCAUACAGAUGCUGUUCACUACUCUGGUGCGUAUUCAUUGAUGGGAGUGGACAACAGUAUGGGACUAGAAAAAUUCUCCAAAAACUUUAAGGUUGAAAUUGUCAGGCUGAGUGAGGACGAGAUUGAAUUUGAUAUGAUUGGCAUUGACGCUUCAUUGGCAAAUGCAUUCCGGAGGAUUCUCAUUGCUGAGAUCCCUACUAUGGCUAUCGAGAAGGUACUCAUGGUAAAUAACACAUCUCUAAUAGCAGAUGAGGUGCUAUCCCACAGACUUGGCCUUAUUCCGCUUGAUGCUGACCCGAGACUAUUUGAGUACUUGUCAGAAAAUGAUGUGCCAAAUGAACGGAAUACUAUUGUCUAUAAGCUGGAAGUAUCGUGCAAAAAGGAUAGUCCCCGCAAUACAGUUAAGACAAGUCAAUUGAAAUGGCUACCAAAUGGCAGUGAGCUUGAAAUGGCUACUCUUGACAAAUCUGCAAAAGUGAAAAGUUAUACCUCAUUCAGCUGUAGCCAAGAUUCUUUGCCGGAAAUAUCAAAGAAACCACUAGGAGUAAAGCACGAUGAUAUCAUUAUUGCGAAACUAGGGCCAGGACAGGCAAUUGAGCUUGAAGCACAUGCUGUCAAAGGCAUUGGCAAAGUUCAUGCUAAGUGGUCUCCUGUGGCUUCAGCAUGGUAUCGGAUGCUCCCUGAGGUUGUACUAUUGACAGAAGUAAAAGGCCAAGAUGCUGAAAAGCUUGUAAAUAAAUGCCCUGUCAAUGUUUUUGAUAUCGAAGACCUAGGACACGGUGACAAGAAGGCAGUCGUAGCCAACCCUCGCGCUUGCACAUUAUGCAGAGAAUGUAUCCGCGGGGUAAACGAAGAACUGGUGGAACUGGGUCGUGUUAAACAUCACUUUAUCUUUACUAUCGAAUCUACUGGAGCUUUGUCACCAGAAGAGUUAUUCAUUGAAGCUGUGAAAAUCUUGGAAGAGAAAUGUGACCGUCUGCUAUCUGAACUAUCUUAAUUUCUCUUCCUCUCUCUCUCUUUUUCCUUGUUUUUUUUUAAUUAUAAAUCCUGUGUCUGAUGUGAAAUCUAGAAUAUUUGAGUAAAUUAGUUCGUGUUCUUCCCACAUACCAGAGCACAAAAACUUAUAUUUAGUAUUGUGAUAUCAAGCGUUGUGCUUAA